GAGUGAGUGAGCCCUCAGGCUCAAUCAAUGCAUGCGCGACUCCGACCUCUCCCCGACGCGCGACGCCUACCUGUGGGAUCGCACUGACUGGGCAGGGCGAGGGCCGCCUCGCCGCUGCUGGAUCGAAACUUGAUUAGCCUUGAAGGCUUGAGCAAGUUGAGGACUCCGUGGUGAUAUUUAUGAAUGAGGUGUUUGGAACUUCCAGAGACUCACUGAGGAAGACUUCGAGCAAUCCAUGACUUCCAAGCUAUUGGUUAUUCUCUGCUCAGAAUCUUCACCCACAAUCAUGGCUGAGCAAAUAGUGCCUCACCAGAAACUGUCUGCUGAUCAUUCAUCCAAUGAACUACUACCUGUUGUCAUCAAGCAAGAAUUGCCUGACAAUGAUCACCCUUGCUCCAGCACGACUGAGGGAUCACCAGGUUGGUCUAGCCAGGGUUGCUCAGGCCAGAUACUCAAGCAAAUGCUCCUUGCCCCUCCUGGGUUAGGACAGCAAGGUUCAGCUCCAGGUACUACCCAUAGUGGUCUUCCAGGACAAUCUUCAAGACAGCACGACUCUGUAGCAUCGGUGGUAGACCCAGGUCAAACUGAUCCCAGUAGCAAAGAAACUUUUUUCAUUCUUUCAUCAGGUGGUAUUGAUGAUAUUAGUAAACAUCUUGGGAAAGGAGUUGAUACCCCUGUAGUUGGAGUCAUGGGCUCAACCGAAAAUGCAUCAACAAAAGUAGUGUCCAGUGGACCAGCUGUGCUUCCUCAGAGGGAGCCCAAGACACAGUGCGAGUACGGACAAUUACAGUCCCAUCAUCAAGAAUCACAUAAUGAGGGUGUGAUGAAAAUUGUCCCAGUAGUCAGUCGUUUUGGAACUUCCCUGCUUACAAAUAGGACAGUUGGCCUGCCGGAGCCCACGCUGCUAUUCGUUACUCCGGACGCCACAAUGGAAGGAAUGAAAAAGAAUAGUACCGGAGGAGCUGUGAAUAGUCAGAGUCAUGUUGAACCUGUCAAGAGAGAAGGAGAUGAUCAAAACAUGGAAACUGAAGCUGACUGGCCUUGGUACAAUUCAUCGCAGCAAGAAGAAGGAGGAGGAUGGCUGGAGGAUGAAGAGGACAAGGAGGAGGAGGAGGAGGAGGUGGAAAAGAAGGUGAAGAAGAAGAGGGAUAAAAAGGGAAAUAACAAUGCCAAACUUGACAGUAUUAAUGAUAAUGAAGAUGACGAAAGCAUGGAGUUUACGAUAGGGGAUUUAGAAACGGAUGAUGAAGAUGAUUAUGAGAUAGAUGAUUAUGAUGAUGAUGAGGAGGAAAUCGAUGACUUCGAUGAAGAUGAAGAAGAGGAAGAAGAGAACCAAAUCGAUGAUGAUGAUAGCUACCAAGAUUGGGAACUGGAUGAGAUAGAGACGGAUGAUGAUGACGAUGAAGACAGAGACAUGGAUGUUCCUCCAUUGCCUCAAGGCUUCUGGUAUAAGUUCUCCUCCGGCGAUGGUGAUGAUGAAUCAGCACCCCACGAGAAAUUGAUCGAUGGCCAGUCGGAUCAGGGUAGAGCUAUCGUUGGAGUGACGGCCGAAGACAAGCCGAUUGUGGCGUCAGCUUCGAAGCAGAAGAUCGUCUUCGGAGUGACCGCAGAGGAGAAGAUCCCAGCGGAGAAGACCUUUGGACCCCUGGAUGGUUGUCUGGUAGCAGAGGAUGAGGGAUGUUUAUCACCGUCAUCUUGGGAGCUCUGCAUCAAAGGAAGUGCUCUGCUUUACAUUGAUGGGGGCUCCGACUGGCUGUCUCACAUUCGAUGCACACGAAGCCCAUCUGAUCAGAACAUCGAAGCUCUACAACUCUAUGGAGAGAUCUACUUCAGAACUACAAAGUGCAUUGAACCAGGAAGUGAGCUGAGGGUGUUCUACAGCGAGGAGUAUUCGAAGCGUCUGGGGUUCAACACUAAACUCAAAGAUCUCACAUUUCACACAGAUUUGAAUGCAUAUUCCUGCCCCAAGUGUGAGAUUCACUACACCAAUCCCAAACUGAUGCUCCGGCACAUCAAAUUAUCUCACCAAACCAAGCAAUCAUCGACCGACCUUCGACCCCUCAUUACUUUGGAGACCAGAAGUAAAGCGACCAAUCAGAAGCCUUUGGAGAAAGCUCUGUUAAAUGAAGGAAAGAUGUACCGUGUAUAUAGAGAUCAGGAGAUGAAUUUACAGGUGAACCAAAAGAAUCCGAACGAUAGAACGUCUACCAGGAAUCGACCUCCUAAGGGAAACCAUGAAAGGAACACAGAUGGGGGGCCUAACCCCAAACCAGCGAAAGAGUUCCUUUGCAAAAUUUGUUCUAAGACAUUUCCCACGGAAGGCAGGCUUAGAGCUCACAAGGCGUUUCAUGAUCUUACGGAUGACUGCGAGGAAACGAAUACCCCUGAGAGUAACCACGAAAGGAAUGAUGAGGAUCAUCAAAAAGCUGUGUACCAGUGCGAGCUUUGUAAUAAGAUAUACCGAUCACAGGCCUCACUGGAUACCCACAAGACGAUUAAGCACAUCAAGAAAGGCAAGUACCACUCCUGCAAUGUGUGCAGGGUGAGGUUCAGGUACAAAAAACAGCUGAAAGAUCACAAAGCCGAGCAUUAUAGAGAAAAAGUAAGAAGUCAAUUGCAGUCUUUAUAUCGAAAUCGUUUGAUUGCGGAUCCUAGUCACCCACAGAAGGACAAAGCGAAUAGAGUCGUAGAGGUCGAUGCGGGUGAAGGUAAAAGAGCAGGGCGGUUAAUAGGAAAUAAGGAUGGUAAUAGCAACUCUGGUAGAGGUCAAAAGACAGCACUUCAGGGAGAAAAGACAAUGAAUAAUAUCUUUGACUCAGUCAGGGGAGAAAGGGAGGACGGAAAGCCGAGUAAAAUUGGUAAAUCAAAGAAUGCUGUCGAUGUUUUUGAGGAAGGGAGUCAACGGAACAAUCAGGUGACAGAUCGUGCAGCAGAACUUGAGAGUGAUCAUGUGAGAAGAACUCAACCGAAAGCGCAAGAGAGAGAUCUCUCAGCGAAUGAGAUUGUUGAUUCCGUGAUGAGGAAUGCUCAUGAACGUAAAGUUGACCAUCUGAAAAGAAGAAGGGAAGAGGGACGGGUGGAAAUACCGAGAAAGGGAGGAGAUGAUGUGGUUGUUGUCAGUGAUGAUAGUGGAGAUCAAGAAAGAUUGCAGACGAGAAAAUAUGGAAAGGAACUAGAUAAAAAUCAUGUUAGAACUCAACAGAGGGCGCUGCAGAGGAAUAACGCGAUGAAAGGUAUAGGAGAGUCUGCUGGUGGAAGCAAGAAACAGUGUACAAGGGAUUUGUCCAGAGCAGUGGACAAGAGUACUUCGCAGGAAGAUAGAGUGGGUGCUGCUAACAAUGACAUGCUCGGGAAGAGACCAGACUACUUUGAGAACUCGGAGAUGAAAUACAAAUGCAGACAUUGUUCGAGUAUGUACUCCUCUUUUUCUAUGAUGCGUGUUCACGAAAAGGAGAUGCAUGGGGGCGAGUGUCGGUACAAGUGCCAGCAUUGUCCAAAGCAGUUCAUGGAGCGUUCCCGCUACGAGAGCCACCUGCAGAAACAUAACACAGACAAAAUCUUCAAGUGUACAGAGUGUCCCCGUUCCUUCGCGUCUGAAAGUGCGUUGAGGAAUCACCAGGGGGAGCACACGGGCCUGAAGCCGUUCAAAUGCCCUCUCUGCGGGAAGGGCUUCGCGAGGCACGAGUUUGUGAACGCUCACAUACGGCGACUUCACCAGGUCGUGGAACUCAAGCACCCGUGUAAGCAGUGCAACAAGCGCUUUGCAACGAGCUGGGACUUGAAGAAGCACGAACGCCGACAUGCCGGGUACCGCCCAUUCAAGUGUGAGAUCUGUGGGAAUGCUUUCACCGCCAAGCAUUCGCUGCAGUGUCACAUGCAAGCCGUCCAUGAGAAGUUGAAACCCUACCGUUGUGAUAUAUGUGGGAAGUGCUCUAGUCUCAGUCACCAUCACAAUGCUCAUCUACUACAACAUAAGAAAAAGGGUGAAUAUAAACCUGAAGAUGUGUUGGAUAGAGAAUCCGUGCAUCAUACCACCAAAGAUACUUGAUUAAAAACUGUUACACACACACACCAUUGAGGUGAAAGAGGAGAUUCUAAGCUUUACAAUGAUAGUCAUUUGUCUAUUGUAUUUGUGAUCGAGGUAUGAUAAAUCACCUCUAAUUCUCGCUUUUUUUUCUUGGACGCACUGUAUACAUAAGAAACCAAAUCAAUUAUGUAACAAAGACUCUUAAUGAAUAAAUUGCAGGUAAUUAAAACUGAAAUUAACAACGAGAAGGCAUCAGAUAGGUGUUUCAUAAAGCUGUUUGUAAGUAACAAGUGACUAUAUGCGCUAUAUCAACACCUAUGAAAAUACGGUGGGUAUCAUUUACCAAAAGAAAGGAUCACCAGUUAUUCGUAGAGUUGCUCGUAAGUCACCAACCGCUUUCUGAAACAUCUACCAAUUCACAUUAAACCCUAAUGAGCUGAUAGAGAAUAGUUUACAAAAUAUUGCAGGGGUCAAAGUUUUAAUUGUAUUUAUGUUGCAUAUUUUGAUCUGAAAUAUGCUUCGAUCUUCGAGCGAUUAUUCCACUUAUGCAGUAGUGAGCAAUAAUUUCAAUUGAAAGGUCUCAAAAUCAUUCCAAGUAGCAAGACCUAGUAUUAGAUUUUGCAUUGUUUUUGUAAGCUGAAUAAUUGUAUUUUUUAAAGUUUAGACUGAUCAUGCUGAAAUAUUUUUUGACUUAUGUUUCUCUCAGGUCCUGUGUGAUUUUGUUUGAUUUUCAUGUAUUCUUUGUUUACAGAUUUAUUUUCAUGUGAUCUUGUGAUAUAUUGGAGUAUUGUUUAGGUUAAAAACUACAUAUUUUGUAUGUAUUCUUCUGAAGAACAUGUACUAUAAAAUGCUUGAUAUUGCUUUAUUGAAAUGCAGUAUACCAGAAUGUCUAUAGUGUGUAAAUCAGUAUUAAGUAUUGGAGUUUUGGUUAAAUAGGUCAGGCUGAAAUAUUAUUAUAAAAAAAAGUGAAAUUAAAUUACAAAAACAGAUUUCAUUAAAAUAUGAAAAAUUGUUAUUUGAAUUUCUAUAUUAAAUUUCAAUUUUUGCAUCAUUUUUGUGAAACAUUUGUUUGCAUGGCAUUAUGAAUAUGUAUUGAGGGAGCUAAUGACAUGUCCCCAUAAAAAAAAUCUUCAUAUUAAAAUUAUUGCAACCAAAUGAGUUGCAAAUAUUAUGAUCUUACAUUUAAAUAAUAAUAAUGGUCUAGUGGUUAUGAUUCUCGUCUUUCAAUCAGAGGGACGUGGGUUCGAAUCCCAGCCAUGACAUGUUUUCCUUUACCCACAAUGUGCUGCACUUACCCAGGUGGGGUGAAUGGGUAAACGGUAGGAUUUAUUCCUUGACACUUUAGCGCCGAUAUGGCGGCUCAGCUACUGCCAGGGUAAUAAUAUGAUGCCAUGUAUCAAAGAGCAGUUGAGUAUAUGCACAUAGUAACUGCGUAUCAAUCCUGCCAAGUACGCAUUCACCCGAUUCGGUAAUCAAUACUAUUUUCACAUUCUUCGGACAGUAACAUGGAGUAAUUCAUUCAAAACACUGUAAUUUCAUAUUUUCUUGAUAAACAAUCGCAAAAGAAAUAUUGGGCAAUGACAUCAGCUUGCUCAUUUUAUAUUCACGAUGAUGUGUAGACCGUUUCAGCAAAAUAAUGCACAAAUUUAAAUUGCCAGAUGAACGCAAUCUCUAAAUUGUGGUUUCCACGUAAUAACAUGGCAGAUAUUGGACAAAAGAUUAAUCUUUUCUUUGAUGUAGUUAGAACACAUCAGAAUACUGGUUUUAUUUGAAUUCCAAGACCACAGGUCAGAGGUCACAUCGUUUUUGUAUGCUAGCUAUAUAUGAACUAAGUACCGUAGGUAUACAUGUACUAUAUCUGUGUCUUAAUAGGCUCUGUCACAUUGGUCAGUGCAAGCCUUUUGGGUGAAUUGCGGGAAAUCACCCGCAACUCCCCCACAACAAAGAUUUAGCACGUUCGAACUUUUCUGAGUGCAAAUUAGACUUGCGUGCGCUUCUGCGCGUAACUGUGUGAGAUACAGUCAAUGCGGGCGUAGAUACCCACAGGUCACAUGCAUACAUGGGCGGAAAUCCCAGGGGGGACACGUCCCCCUUCCCAAAAUAGUAGGGGGACACAAUAUCAAAUGUCCCCCCCUACUACUUUCGGUCUUUUAUGAUGGAAAGAAAUACAUAAUUCAAAAUCGAAGUAAAACAUGCAUUUUGUACGAGAUGACCUUACUUUUGGGGUGAUUUCCUUUUUUUUUGGGGGGGGGGGGGGUUUUGCUUGUCUAAUUUUCCAGCCCCUGGUCCCCCUACCUUUGGGGAGAGAUUUCUGCUCUUGCAUGCAUAGCUUGCAGGGAACGAUGUGACGGGGCCUUUAAGACACAGAAUGCCUAUUUGAUAAAGAUCCAGAUCAUGGGAGAUUAGAUUGACAUCAGAUGAAAAUACUGUAAGUGGCAUAAUAUAAGUAAAAUAAGGUCUACAUGUAUGAUACAAUACUUAUGAUUUUUUGUACUUAUGUGUAUGUAUGUAUGUAUAGGCCUAUAUGUAUGUGACAUUCUAUGUAUUUUGUACCUUGUAGUUCUUGCUUUGCCAUUUGUAUGAUAUAUGUACCCACCUCUGAAUAGGAAACGAGAUAGAAGGCACAUUCUAAAUGCUAUAUAUUAUUAUUAUUAUAUUUUUUUACUUUGAACAAUUCUUGUCGUUGCUCCUCGUGUAAUAUCAUUUUGUAAAGUUUGCAAAGCAAUCAUAUCCUUUAAUUAGACAAACAUUCUUUGUUGGUGGUGUUAUGUUUGUAGUGUCAAGCGUUAAUCGCCUGCCUAUUAAAACUACUCAAAGCUCUAAAACUGAAUUGGAAUUUGAAUAUGAUAGCAAUCACACUAUUGAUAACACUAGUCCCAACACCAAACUCACUUGAGGUUUGGUGUUAUGUUUGGUGUUAAACUAGUCCCAGCAGCAACACGGGUGUGUACGCCAAUCUCAACACAGGUUUUGGUGCUACAAGUAUGGCUGGUGACGAAAUAUCAACACGGGUGUCUACACGUACACCAAACCCAUUUCACGUUUGGUGCUGUGGAUACUGUAAAAAUAGGUCCAUCGUCAAUACCAAACUCACUUCGGGUUUGGUGUUGUCUGGUGUUAAAAAUAGGCCCAGCAUCAAUACAGGUGUCUAUACACCAAUCCCAUAUUAAGUUUGGUGCUGUGGAUAGUAUAUAUCGUAAGUAGCUUCCUCAUCUUCUCAUACCAUGACAGGUAGUUUUGCAAUUUGCCAAAUUUGAAUAUAGUAACAAAAUUAUUAUAAUACUUGUAUUCAUAUUGGAUGACUCAUUGUUAUUAAACUCAGCUGAAUAUAA